AUGGCGACCACAAAUCCCAGUAGUACAGGCUCAGGCAACUUUCACUCCAACGAGAGCAGUGUGACUUCUGAUACGGGAGGCAAGAACACCUUAGUGCAUCCACCAGACAAAAGGCUAAACGAGGCAGUAAGCAGGCGUCGUUCGCCAUCCUUCUCCGUAAGUCUUGGAACCUCAAAGGUCGGUCGGAAUAACUCCCACCGAUAUCAACAAACUGAGACCAUGCCCUCGCGAUUCUCGGGCAAGCUCUCUCUUCAAACAAAAGAAAUACCCGAUUUUGGAGAGGGCACAGAUCAAAAGGUCUUACCACUGCCUCCUGUUCGCUCCAACCCCAAUGACUGGUUCUCUCACUCUCCUGAUCGUAGCUGUUCUUCGGGGACUAUCAACGACAACAAUGAAAGCAACAACACAACCGGCCAUCGUUCAAUUCCACCCACCUAUCGCUUCGGUCGAUAUUCGUCUAACUUCGUGAAAGAAUCAGGCCAAGCGGAUCCCCUUUCGAGAAUCUUUCUUGACGCUGUGGAACGAGGUGAUAAAUCCACGGUUGCCCGGUGCCUUAGAUGUUCUCAUCCCGUGAAUGUAAAUUGUACAAACAUGCUUGGCAGAACCGCUAUACAGAUUGCGGUGGAUAACGAGAAUUUUGAAAUUGUGGAGCUCUUACUUAAAGAACCGAACAUAAGGAUAGGAGACGCACUUCUAUACGCCGUACAAGAAGGUGUGUAUCGCAUUGUGGAAAUGCUUAUUGAUCACCAUUCCAUUACAAAAGAAAUGUUAGGGACUUCGUGGUCAAAGAGGAAUGGCCUUUCAGAAGAGAGCCACGAUUUCUCGGCGGACAUUUCGCCAGUUAUUUUGGCAUCUAUCUGCAAUCAGUUUGAGAUACUCCAGUUACUUCUAUCCCGUGGCGCGCGUAUUGAAAGACCACACAGAUCAAACUGCAGUUGCGGUGACUGUGCGGCAAUGUACAAAGAGGAUUCUUUAAAGUAUUCUCUAUGGCGAAUUAACACUUAUCGCGCACUUGCGAGUCCAGCAUGGAUUUCUCUUACAUCACCAGAUCCGAUUCUGGCAGCAUUUAAGCUCUCUUGGGAGUUAAAUCAUCUAGCAUCAAGGGAGAAUGAGUUCAAGGAAGUGUUUCUACAACUCUCCGAUCAAUGUAAGAAGUACGCCUGUGACCUCUUGGACCAAUGUCGAAGCAAGGAGGAGGUUCUAGCGGUCCUAAGUCGAUCCUCAGAUGAUGAAGAUGUUGGCAUAUGUGACAGCGAGAGCAAUGAAGAAGGGGAAGAUGGAACAGGACGUGUGGAGAAAUCGGCUCUCCGACGAACCACUACAGUGACACACAGACCACCUAGGCGUUGGCACGGACCACCCCUCCAUGUUGACAAUUCCUUUGAAUUAAAUGACUUGGAAGCCACACGAUUGGGACCAACUAAACGCUUAGAAAGCCAGUACACAAUUGUGGAGGAUUUGACAAAUUUGGAAAAUCACAAGGAACAAAUGUAUCUUGAGGAAGAUGGUGAAAUGAAAGCGAAAGCGGAGGCGGUUAGGGACAAGAUAGAGACUGAUUUGGACGAGAUUUUUGACAGAGAAGAUAAAUUGCAGAAUGAAAAUGAUAUUGAUGAAAGUGAGAUGGAGAUAGAGGCUCCGCCGUUGCGGUUAGAUCGUCUGAAAUUGGCCAUAAAGUAUGAACAAAAAAGGGUACGUAUAUUUGCUCCUUGA